AUGGCAUACAUAUCUUUCCUCCUCGCCAUCGCCGCACUCGCCGUGGUGGGCUUCUUUCUCCUCACAUCAAACAGCCGUCCCACGCCGCGGAAGGGCAGCGAGUAUCCUCCCGGUCCUCCUGGAAGACUGCUCGUGGGUAAUUUGCCAGAUAUACCGGCGAAGCAUUCGUGGUUGAAGUUCAAAGAGUGGUCGGAUCGGUAUGGACCGCUUUUCAGGUUUAGUGUUGCGGGCAAGGAUCAUUAUGUUGCGUCGACUGAGAAGGUGGCGAAUGAUUUACUUCGUGAGAGAGGUGGGAUUUAUUCAAGUCGAGAGCAGUUGCCGGCUGCCGUGAAAUUGUUGUCGAAUGAUUUGAGGCCGUUGUUUUGGCCUUACAAUGAUACCUGGCGUGAUGGACGUAAAGUCAUGCACCAAGUCACGAACGCCACCGUUGUUGGCAACUACCAACAGACCCAAACCCUCGAAUCAGCAAGAAUGCUCCGUGACCUGAUCAAGGAUCCCAGCAGAUACGAACACUGGUUCGAGCGAUACUCCUCCGGCAUUAUCUUCCGCCUAGCAUUCGGCAAGACUGUUCAAACUGGCGACGAGGACAUUGUGCGACAGAUCAUUGAGGUAGUGCACACUGUUGAGCGCGUUGCUUCGCCUGGUGCAUAUCUUGUUGAUGUAUUUCCAUUCCUGAUGAACCUUCCAAGAGCGAUAGCACCGUUCAAGAAGGAGCUUGAAGGAUUGCAUCAACGAGAUCUGAGGCUUUUUAGGAAGCUGUUGCAUGAUGUUAGGGACGAGAUGAAGGCUGGUACUGCGCCACAGUGUUGGUUUCGAGAUUAUCUGGAGAGGAAGUCGGAUUUCAAGCUCAGUGAGGAUGAGGCGGCGUAUGUGAUCGGAACGCUGUUUGAAGCUGGUGCAGGAACAACAGCAGCAGCAAUGAUGUCCUUCCUCCUCGCCAUAGUCCUGCACCCCCAGUGGCUAACCAAGCUCCAAACCGAAGUCGACUCAGUCUGCGGCCCAACCCGCCUCCCAACCCUCGACGACAUGCCCCACCUCCCCCUUGUCCGCGCCGUAAUCAAAGAAGUCCUCCGCUGGCGCCCCGUAACCGCCGGCGGAGUCCCCCACUACUCCAUCCGCGACGACGUCUACAACGGCAUCUUCAUUCCCGCCGGCACCAACGUCCACGCAAACCAAUGGGCCAUCCACCGCGAAGCAGCUUUAUACCCAGAUCCGGAGACCUUCAAACCCGAACGAUGGCUGGAUCCAUCGUAUCCAACAUAUCGGGAACCGCUCACGACGUAUCCGAAUAUGCAUAACUAUUCGGCGUUUGGGUUUGGGAGGAGGAUUUGUCCGGGUCGGAAUAUUGCGGAGAGGAGUUUGUAUUUGCAGGUUGCGAGGGUGGCUUGGAUGUGCGAUGUGAGGAAGAAGAGGGAUGGGGAGGGUAGGGAGAUUGUGCCGCCGUGGUAUGAUUAUACUGCUGGGUUUAAUGUGCAGCCGAAUUGGUUUCCGUUUGAGGUGGAGGCGAGGAGCGAGGAGAGGUUGCGGGUUUUGGAGGGGGAGAUUGAGGUGAAUAGGAGGAGUGAUCCGUUGUUGGGGAGAUGA